AUGGAGAGCGCCCUGCGCCGCCGAGUCCCCGGCAAUGACCCGCCGUCCGAAUCAUCUACACCUCGCGACGAGAGCCCCGAGAAACUCGAGACGCCCAGCGAUAAGAUCAAGGCGGUCCCUCACCGUCGAACAAAGACAAGCAAGCGCAAAUACACGUCCAUCUUCUUGCUGGGCAGCCUUUUCGGCAUUAUCGCGGCAGGCUUCUUUGCGAAGAGCAAUGACUUGAUAGAGUUUCCUGAAAUUGGGGGGCUGAGCAUGGACAGCUUUUUGGAUGUCCUCCCGGCUGGCUUGGUCAAAGAUAUGCGGGACCUUGUGAUCGGAGAACGCGACUACAUCCAGAGUUAUGAUGCUUUCGCAGUAGGCCGCAAGGUCCGGUCCGAGGGGCUCUCUGCACACCACCCCAUCGUCAUGGUGCCAGGGGUCAUCUCAACAGGCCUCGAGUCCUGGGGCACGUCCAAUAUAUCGCUGCCAUACUUUCGGAAACGCUUAUGGGGCAGCUGGAGCAUGAUGAGGGCCCUAGUUUUGGACAAGGAGACGUGGAAAACCCACAUCAUGCUGGACAAGAAGACCGGGCUGGAUCCUCCGGGGAUUAAGUUGCGUGCUGCACAAGGCUUUGAUGCCACCGACUUCUUCAUUACGGGAUACUGGAUCUGGAAUAAGAUUCUCGAGAACCUUGCCUCGCUGGGCUACGAUCCAAUAAACUCAUACACGGCGGCAUACGACUGGCGGCUGGCGUACGCCAAACUCGAGGAGCGCGACCAUUAUUUCACACGACUCAAGACACAUAUCGAGCUGGCCAUGUUGCUCCAGAACAGGAAGGUUGUCCUCACGUCUCACAGCAUGGGCAGUCAGGUUGUGUUUUACUUCCUCCACUGGGUCGCGUCCAAACACGGUGGCAAUGGGGGCGACGAUUGGGUGGAAAAGCACAUCGAAUCAUGGAUCAAUGUCAGCGGCUGCAUGCUGGGAGCGCUCAAGAGCGUGUCAGCCCUCCUUUCCGGUGAGAUGCGCGACACGGCGCAGCUGAACGCCUUCGCCGUCUACGGACUCGAGAAGUUUUUGAGCAAAUCCGAGCGGGCUGAGAUCUUCCGAGCCAUGCCGGGAAUGUCGUCCAUGUUGCCAAUAGGGGGCAAUGCGAUUUGGGGCGAUCUCAGCGGAGCGCCGGAUGACCAGCCCGGCCAGGAGCACAGCUACGGCUCGUUCCUCAAUUUCCGGUCCGGCCAAAACUGGACGAUUUCCGACCGGAAUCUCACGGUGGAUGACGCCAUAGGCUAUCUCCUCGAUACGGCGGAGGACUGGUACCGCGAUCAGGUCAAGGGGAGCUACUCCUGGGGUAUCGCGCACACAAGCGCCGAGGUCGAGGCCAACGAGGACGACCCAGCAAAGUGGAUCAACCCGCUGGAGACACGGCUCCCGCUCGCGCCCAGCCUCAGGAUUUACUGCUUUUACGGCGUGGGCAAGUCGACAGAGCGAGGGUACUACUACCGUCCGCCCGAGCCGCCGGCCUCGCUCACCACCAACCUGAACAUGACGAUUGACACGGGCUUGACGCAGGGCGCGGUCGACCACGGGGUCAUCAUGGGUGAGGGCGACGGGACGGUCAACCUCAUGAGCACGGGGUACAUGUGCAACCGGGGGUGGAAGAUGAAGCGGUACAAUCCUGCCAACGUCAAGGUCACGGUCGUCGAGAUGCCGCACGAGCCGGAGCGCUUUAAUCCGAGGGGCGGACCCAACACGGCGGACCAUGUCGACAUCUUGGGCAGGCAGAAUCUUAACGAGUUCAUCCUGCGCAUUGCGGCCGGUCGGGGGGAUACCAUACGGGACCAUAUCGUCAGCAAUAUCCUGGAGUAUGCGGCGAGAGCGAAAGUGUACGAAGAGUAA